CUUCCGACACGGAACGCGUCGGCAGUAGACUUGUACGCGGAGGCAGCGACGACGACGACGACGACGACAAAAUUAUUAUUGCAGCGUGCUCCUUCGAAUCCGAUUGUUGUGUUUUUUUUUCACCGAAGAUUUUUCCAUUUUGGUUUCACACGAUCUCCGCCGGCUAGACAAUAGUUAUAUAAUAAUAUUUAAUAUUAUCCAAAGCCAUCGUCGCCGUGACGAUUUUACAACACGACACCGCGUGAGACGCUCUCCCUGCAGACGACGACGAAAUCGCUAUCGUCGGGUAUAUGACAAUAAUAAUAAUAAUAUUAUAACAAUAUCAACUGCAGCCAAAAGUGUGAAAAAUCGCGAUUUUCUCGUUUCGGCGAGAAGCUCGCGUUGUACAACAGUAGUUGUACGCGUCGCCGUCGGCCGCGGCCAGGAGAAGCGCAAGUCGUCGUCGUCUCCACGAUUUUAUCGUCGUCAUAUACAAAUAAUUGACGAGAAUGGCACGUGACACUCCGGACGAAUCAGUUCCACUAGAAUUAGUCAUACCGGGUAAUACAACAAAAAGAGGAUCGUUGGUCAGUAGUCGUUUCGUUGAUUUAGCCGCUGAUGGAUUGUCAAACGGCCAUUCAAACGUCCCUGUCCAGAAACCAUUAAAACUGAAGAACCUAAUAUCCAAAGGAGAAGCAUUCGAUUCAUUGCACCAUAAUUCUACCAAGCCCCCGUUGUGUAAUGAAAAAGCAUGUCUGGGCAGUGUUAUGCUUCCACCGGCAUUCCAUAACUCAACCGUAAGACCAAAAACUGAAGUACUAGACCUUGCCGAAGAUUUUAUGAAACAAUAUUUUGCCUCCAUUAAAAGGUCCAACACUCCAGCGUAUGAGGCCAGAUGGGAACAAGUUCAACAAGAAGUUAAUUCUACUGGUACUUAUCAACUUACAGAAACUGAAUUGGUAUUUGGUGCCAAAUUAGCGUGGAGGAAUUCGGCUAGAUGCAUUGGACGAAUACAAUGGGCUAAACUGCAGAUGUUUGAUUGUAGAUCGGUGACUACGACUAGCAACAUGUUCGAAGCUAUAUGCAACCACAUCAAGUACAGCACAAACAAGGGUAACAUAAGAUCAGCUAUAACUGUAUUUCAACAGAGGACCGACGGUCGGCAUGAUUUUCGUGUUUGGAACUCUCAACUAAUUUCUUACGCCGGAUACAAACAACCAGACGGAACAAUCAUUGGCGACCCGAUGAACGUAGAAUUCACUGACGUGUGUACGAAACUCGGUUGGCGCGGAAAGGGCACAAGAUGGGAUUUGCUGCCUUUAGUGUUAUCAGCAAACGGUCAUGAUCCAGAUUAUUUCGAUUUACCGAGGGAACUAGUUUUGGAGGUUUCGCUUAUUCAUCCUUCAUUCGAUUGGUUCUCUGACUUGGGUCUCCGGUGGUACUGCCUCCCUGCAGUAUCCGGAAUGAUGUUUGACUGUGGAGGAAUCCAGUUCACAGCGUGUCCGUUCAACGGGUGGUACAUGAGUUCGGAAAUCGGAUGUAGAAAUCUAUGCGAUCCACACAGAUAUAAUGUUCUAGAUGACGUUUUAGAACGUAUGAAAAUCGAAUUGAAAAAUUAUGGAUUUUUGAAAAAAGACCGAGCUCUUGUAGAAGUGAACUUAGCCGUACUACACAGUUUCCAAUCAAACAAUAUUACGAUAAUGGAUCAUCAUACCGCAUCUGAAUCGUUUAUGAAGCACUAUGACAACGAGUUAAGAACAAGAAAAGGAUGUCCAGCAGAUUGGGUGUGGAUUGUACCGCCAAUUUCUGGCUCCAUCACACCCGUUUUUCACCAAGAAAUGGUCAGCUACGAACUUCACCCAAUGUAUGCUUAUCAGGAACCAGCCUGGAAAACUCAUGUUUGGAAAAAAGGUCAAAAUCAAGGAAAAUCUUUAAAGAAACAGAGACGCAAGUUCCACUUUAAACAAAUUGCUAGAGCUGUGAAAUUUACAUCGAAAUUGUUUGGACAAGCAUUGUCUCGUAGGAUUAAAGCAACCAUACUAUAUGCAACAGAAACAGGAAGAUCAGAAAUGUAUGCGAAAAAAUUGGGUGAAAUAUUUGCUCAUGCUUUUCACUCUCAGGUAAUGAGCAUGGAAGAAUAUGAUAUGACAAGUAUUGAACAUGAGGCGUUAUUGUUAGUCGUUGUAUCAACUUUUGGAAAUGGUGAUCCUCCCGAGAAUGGACAGGAAUUCGCACAACAAUUGCAUUCAAUGAAAAUGGAACACGAAGGCACUAAUUCUAAUAAAUCACUAGCCGUUAAAUCAUCACCUCUCAGUUCAGCGUCAUUUAUAAAAGCGAAUAGUCUUUCAGAAUGCCACCAUUUAACUGAGCUAAAUGAUUUGUCUAACAGAGAUUCGACAGAUGUUGAUAACUUCGGACCACUUGGAAACGUCAGAUUUGCGGUGUUUGGAUUGGGCUCGAGUGCGUAUCCAAACUUCUGUGCAUUUGGAUCGUAUGUUGAUAAUCUUCUGGGUGAGCUUGGCGGAGAGCGACUCAUCAAACUCAAUAAAGGCGACGAGAUGUGUGGCCAAGAGCAAGCCUUUAAAAAAUGGGCUACUGAUGUUUUUCAUGUGAGCAGACUUAAAACAAUGUUGACAUCAAAAGUUGCGUGUGAAACGUUCUGUUUGGAUAUGGACGAAUCUCUUAGCGAAGCCUCACAAGUACUUCAUAACGAAAAGCUGUCCGCGUCUACAGUUCGAUUCGUGAAUAAUGCUGAACCGGACGAUCUCCAUUCCGCAUAUGCGCACUAUCACAACAAACGAGUUUGGACGUGCAGACUCUCCAACAAACAGAACUUAAUGAGUGACAGCGAAGAUGGCAAGAGUGACCGCGUGACACUGUGGCUGGAGAUUGACGUUGAUGAUUGGGCAAAAUCGGAGAAAAUAAUGUAUCGACCCGGCGAUCACGUGGGCAUGUUUGCCACCAACCGAGAUGAACUGGUAUCUGGUAUUAUUCCGUACUUGCAAUGUGAUCAAGAUCCCGACGAACCGAUGGAACUUCAAAUGCUCAAAGAAAAACACACAUCAUCAGGUGUCUCUAAGAAUUGGUCGCCCCACGAGAAGAUACCAAGAUGCUCUUUGCGAACUUUAUUGACACGAUUCUUAGACAUCACUACGCCGCCUACACCAAAUAUGCUACAAUUUUUCGCUUCGUGUGCCACUGAUCCCACUGAUAAAAAGAAUCUCAUAGCAUUAGCAACAGAUAGUGCCGCUUACGAAGAUUGGCGUCAUUGGAAUUUACCCAAUCUUCUAGAAAUUUUCCAAGAGUUUCCUUCUAUUAAACCACCCGCUGCUUUAUUAGUCGCACAGCUUACACCGUUACAACCGCGAUUUUACAGUAUUUCUUCGUCAAGUUUAUUACAUCCACACAAAGUGCACCUCACUGUCGCAGUAGUGACUUAUAAAACUAAAGGCGGAAAAGGUGUAUUACAUUAUGGCGUAUGUUCCAAUUACUUGUUGGAUGCUAACAUAAAUGACACAGUGUACAUGUUUAUUAGAAGCGCACCAAAUUUCCAUUUGCCCGAGGACGUGGCAAAGCCAUUAAUACUUGUGGGUCCCGGCACAGGUAUCGCACCGUUCCGAGGGUUUUGGCAACACAGAUACGCACAGAAGAAAAACGGCAUUGAUACCAAAAUGGGCAGAACCAUGUUGUUCUUUGGAUGCCAAUACAAAUCGAUGGAUCUCUACAAAGCGGAAAAGAUGGAAAUGAUAAAAGAAGGUGUAUUGGACAAGACUUACUUGGCGCUAUCCAGGGAACCAUCCAUUCCGAAGACUUAUGUACAGGACUUGAUGCUGAAAGAAGCGAAAAUUAUAUACGAAUUAAUAGCCGUGGAAAGGGGACACUUUUACGUGUGCGGUGAUUGUAAAAUGGCUGAGAACGUGUACCAGACCCUCAAGUCGAUAAUUCAAGAGCAGACCGGCAUGAAUUCGACACAGUCCGAUAACUUCAUGUUGGGAUUACGGGACGAUAACCGUUAUCACGAAGACAUAUUCGGCAUCACUCUCCGGACGGCAGAGGUGCACAACAGUUCAAGGCUUUCCGCUCGGAUCCGAAUGGCGUCCGAAACGCUUCCAUAA